UUCCACACUCACCUUUUCUUUUCGCUCUUUUUCAAUACCCUUAAACUCUCUCUUCCUUCCUUCUCCAUAACUCACACCAUUUCUGCAUACAUACACCCACCAUUACCAAUUCCUUCCAUAAAAGCUUCCAAAAAAAUAAAUGGGUCACUCAUCACGUUUUCUCGUGCUGCUUCUUCUUACCUCCCUCCUCUUUCUCUCUUUUGAUUAUGGAUUCGGUAGGGUGGCACUGAUAGAGACUCAGCAGGAUUUUCCCAUUCUCACGGUUGUAAAGUAUGACAUGGCCGAUUAUUCUGAUCCACAGCCAAAUACCAAUCCCAAGAAUGGGUAUGUUUUGAGCCCUCCUUCGUCUCCAACUCCAACUCAUCCUCCAAGUCCUUAAAUGGAAGCUCACGAUUAGACUUUCACCACUUGUUUGUGUCUUUCUGAACGGUUUUGUAACUGGAGUGUGUGAUCGCUUUUAGUUUGACACGGGAUUCAUAGAAAUAGGAUUAUGGUAACUGUGUUGCUGUUAAUUUGUAUCCUUCUAUAGUUUUUCAUGUGUUUUCAGAAUGCAAAUUGUGAAUUGUGCUAAUAAAUAAAGUGUUUGGUUACUUUGCACA